AUGUCAGAGUCCGUGUCAAUACUCAGCCUUUCCUCAACGACUGAAUCUGCCGAAAAAAUAUCCACCUCCGUCGCGACAACAUUCAGGACUUCCGGGACGACUGAACUGGCCACGACCACCACGGCUGAAUUGGCCUAUACCGAAUUAAGACCAUCAUCCAGCACAGUCGUCGUCUCCCAAACUCAGACCGACUCUAGGAUCUCUGGCACCUCCACAUCAAGUACUACUUCGGUAAACCCGACGUCGAGCUCUAGUGAAAAUAUCUCGAACGCAACAAAUACCUCAUCACAAGCAAAAUCUACGGGCUUGUCUGUGGGUGCAUCGGCGGGAAUUGGGGUUGGAGUUGCACUAGGCGUGCUUCUCUUAGCACUCUCAGCUUUCAUUCUAUAUCGUUACAAGCGAAAGCGAAGAGCAGUCGCACAAGAAGAUGGUGGAAGGAAAAAUACAUACCCAGAGCUACCGGAACUAGGGAUUGAUGGUCAGAAGUAUGAACUACCAGCUGGAAAGGGUGGAAGCGCUGUUGAGCUUGCGGGCGAUACGCCUAAAAGUAGACAGACACGGACGGAUACCCAUGAGCUAGAAUGA